AUGUCCAUAAACGUGUAUACUGGCAGGGACAAAAGUAAUGGACUGGUGUUUAUGUUAGCUAUAGGCUACCAUUGCACAACAAAAAGCUAUUGUGUAUCUGAGCAUAAUCCUUCCAUGGCACCGACGGACGGAGGUGCAGCGCCGGCGAUGCUGCAAUUCCUCCUCUUCACUCACCUCAUCGUUGCCACCUGCAGCAGCGGACAGGGAGCAAAUCUUGAAAGAACUCCUGGUGUGCCUAUAGCCGUCCCCAUGCCCAUUCUAGCAAUCACAGCUGACUCACCUGACCAGUUCCGUGGAAAGCUUCGACUCCCGCGUUUUGCUAUGCCAACCCACUAUGAGCUCCAUUUCCACCCCGACCUCGUCUCCUCAACAUUUUCUGGUGUGGUGUCAAUUAAUGUCUUUGUUUUAGCGCCCACUCGUUUCCUUGUGCUAAAUGUUGUGGAACUCACGAUCGACCAUGCUUCCAUCCACUUCAAG